AAUUAAAUCUAAUAUAAUACUUUAUGUCUCGAAUUAUGUCUAAAGAUUAUUAAUUUCUAUCAGAGUUAUGUGUGUGAUGUACUAUGUACAUUUAUAUUGUAUAUGUUUAAAUGAUACCUAACCUUAUAGAAGCUAUCACAUGGAACAAUAUAAGUUUUGCUUAUAUCAAAAGAAAAAGUUAAUCUAAGGAUAUAUACGUUUUGUAAAAUUACUUUGAUAAUUUUAAUAAAUUUUAGUAAGAUGAAUAUUACUCAAAUACUUUUGCAAACCGCUACAAAUGUAAAUGUAGGAUUUAUAAUUUCAGCAAUAAUAGGUUAUUCUUUAUACAAAAUAAUAGCAGUAAUAUAUAGAAAAAAAUUGCAAUCUUCUAAUGAUAAUUGCAAUGGAACUUUACAUUUUAUGCAUAUGUAUUCAGAUAAUUACAAGCUUGUUUUAGUUAUUAGAACUGAUUUAAAAAUGGGAAAAGGAAAAAUUGCAGCACAAUGUGCUCAUGCUGCCAUUGCAGCUUAUAAGGCAGCCACAAAGUAUCCUGAAUAUUUACGUACUUGGGAAAAGUGUGGGCAAACUAAAAUUACUGUUAAGGUGGAUAGCGAGAAUGCUUUGAAAGAAAUAGCAAAACAAGCUAGAGCUGAAGGACUUUUGGCAAAUAUAAUACAGGAUGCUGGACAGACACAAGUAAAGCCAGGAAGUAAAACAGUAUGUGCUAUUGGUCCAGGUCCAGCUGAAGUGAUAGAUAAUGUAACUGGUCAUUUAAAAUUGUUUUAAUAAUGAACAAAAUAAAGUGUUGCACGCAAUGGUGAUUUUAAGGAUGCUUCCACAAGACCAGAUAAGAGUUGACAAUUGGUAGGAUCAUGUGCCAAACCUGUACUGAAGGCUACAAGAGCCUCUCCAUGUCUCCCUAGACAUUGUAAGGCUACUCCUUGACGGUAGUAUGCCUAAUAGAGAUAUUGGUUUUACUAAUUAUUUGAAAAGUAACAAACAAAAGCAGCUAUUACCUUUGGCCAUUGAGGGCUAAGUUCGGUAGCUCUAACAGCAUCCUGAAGAGCAAGUGCAAAUAAACCCAUUUUGAGCCGGGCAGCUGACCUGUUUGAAUAUAGCACAUGGCUAAGUGGAUCCAAAGCAAGAGCUUCUGUGUACAAACUUGCAGCAAGAGCAUAAUCACCAUUUUGACAUGCUGCAUUGCUACGACGUACAGUCUCUAAAAAUAGAGAUCUUGAUCCAGCAGCCAAGGCCGACGUACCUUCGGGCUCCACCUUAUAAAUAUUUAUAUAUAUAUAUAUAUAAUUUAUAUAUAUUAUGCACAUACGUGUGUAUGUAUUUAUUUCAGAGUUAUAUUAUAUUGCUACUAUCAUUGUGUUAAUUAAAUAUUAUUUAUAAACAUUGUAUAAAAAAUUUAUUAUAAAAAAUAAGGUAAUAUUAAACUUAUUUAAGUAAUAUUAA